CAGUUUAGAACACUCAUUCUUCUCUCUUCCCUUCUCGUUAAACGGACGAUUUCCAUAACCCGAGAACACUGAAUAUCAUUAUUAUUGCUAUAUCCUUUUCAAUCAAACAUUAUUAUAUAGAUUUAUAUAUGUAUAUGUAUAUUUAUAUAUACAUAUGAUAUAUAUAUAUAUACACAUUCAUACCCUUAAUUUUUUAAGCUGCAAACUCACUCCGAUCUGAAUCACACGCAUGUAUCGUUGGCCACAUUCCUCACUGUCGAGACAAAUCUCUUCUGUUAAGCUGAAAACUCACUCCGAUCUGUAUCUGCAAACGUAGGCUUCUUUGAAAUCCACCAUUUACAAAUCCUGAAGAUCAGAUUUUCGGCUCUAUCUUCGACCCCAUCUCAAGGUGGGGGCCUUCUGAAGUAGUCUUUAUUAUUUAUGAUUUUACGUAGGGGCUUAAUUUACAGAAGCCUGGCAAGCUAAAAUUUGCCAACAAAAAGGGUGCCGAUCAGAAUACAACGAAGACACAAUGAUAAGCAAACAGCUCUUUUUGACCUAUCUGUACCUCCUAGUUUAUAUAUUGCUUUCAUCAGGAGUUAUUUUGUACAACAAGUGGGUCCUCUCUCCUAAAUACUUCAAUUUUCCGUUUCCAAUAACACUUACUAUGAUUCAUAUGGGAUUUUCUGGCAUGGUGGCAUUCCUUCUUAUCCGUGUUCUGAAGGUAGUAUCACCUGUAAAAAUGACAUUUGACAUAUAUGUGACUUGUGUGAUUCCCAUAAGUGCCUUCUUUGCGUCAAGCCUAUGGUUUGGGAACACUGCUUAUUUGUUCAUUUCUGUGGCAUUCAUCCAGAUGCUGAAAGCCCUAAUGCCAGUGGCAACAUUUCUAGUGGCUGUUUUUUGUGGCACUGACAAAUUACGGUGUGAUGUGUUCUUGAACAUGGUGUUGGUCAGUGUUGGAGUUGUCAUUUCCUCGUAUGGGGAAAUUCACUUCAAUGUAGUGGGUACAGUCUACCAGGUUACUGGAAUUUUUGCUGAAGCUCUUAGGCUGGUUUUAACUCAAAUUCUUCUUCAGAAGAAGGGCCUAACGCUUAAUCCUAUCACCAGUUUAUAUUACAUAGCACCAUGCAGUUUCCUGUUUCUCUUUGUUCCUUGGUAUCUACUGGAGAAGCCUGGAAUGGAAGUUUCCCAGAUCCAGUUCAAUUUCUGGAUAUUUUUCUCGAAUGCCCUUUGUGCUCUGGCAUUGAAUUUCUCAAUUUUCUUAGUAAUUGGUAGAACUGGAGCAGUGACGAUUCGAGUUGCUGGUGUUUUAAAAGACUGGAUACUCAUUGCCCUUUCAACUGUUAUAUUUCCCGAGUCAACAAUUACCGGGCUUAACAUUAUCGGCUAUGCAAUUGCUGUAUGUGGUGUUGUCAUGUACAACUACUUGAAGAUCAAGGAUGUGCGAGCAUCCCAGCUUCCUGUGGAAAGUAUUCCAGCAAAGGAUCUGAAGACAGAGAGGAAGUCAUCCGAUGUUUAUGUACCAGAAGAUUUCAUGAAUGGUGGAAAGAAAGGAUGGAAUGAUUCUGCUCCUGAUGUAAUUGUAGAUGAAGAAGCGCCUUUAAUUCCUUCCUCAAGGGUGUCUUAUCUUGGGCGAAGCCAGCUUAGCAGUCAUUAAGAAUGAAUGAUCAAGGAUGAUAGUUCAAACAUAAUCAAUCUUUCUUAGCACAUUCAGUUCGUUAACUAUAGUUUUUAUUCCAUUUGUUGUAAGGAAAGAAAUGACAGAUGAAAUCACUUAGUAACUACAAGAUUGAAGUGUACACAAUUGUUCUAUUUGUGAAGAAUUGACAGUUGUUUCAAGAGCAUAUAUGUGAUGUCAUUAUUUGUAUUGUGAUU